CGUUAUCGUCCAGCAUAUUAACAGCCAGCGGAGGCGGCAGCAGGCAUGUCGACGCCGAGCAAAAAGCCGAAGAAACUCGAGGAGUCGAGCGACGGUGACGGCGGCCCUGAGGUUAGCCGUGAGUACGACGUGGAGAUACAGAAGGCCCUAGAGGAGAUAGACGGCUGUCAGAACCAGAUUGAUGGACUCAACGAGAAGGCCAGCGAUGAGAUACUCGAAGUCGAAAAAAAAUACAACAAGCUACGCAAGCCCUACUUCCAGAAGCGCAACGACAUCAUCAAGAGGAUACCAAACUUCUGGAUCACUGCCUUUGUCAAUAAUAAAAAAAUUGCUGAAAUACUGGAAGAGGAGGAAGAAGAUGCUCUACGCUACUUGACUAAGCUUGAAGUUGAAGAAUUUGAAGACAUCAAAUCUGGAUACAGAAUCAAGUUUUAUUUCAGUGAAAACCCUUACUUUGAAAAUGACGUUCUCACCAAGGAAUUCCAUCUUGGUACUUCAGGCGAUCCAGCAUCUAUAAAUACAGAAAUUCGUUGGAAGGACGGCGCAGAUUUGUUAAAACGACUAAAAGCAAAGACAACCAUGGGCAAAUCGAGAAAAAGGCCACUUGGUAUUAGAUCGUUCUUUGACUGGUUUACGGAUCUUGCAGAUCCCAGUUCAGAUGAAAUUGCUGAACUUAUCAAAGAUGAUCUCUGGCCUAAUCCCUUGCAGUAUUAUUUGGCACCAGACAUGGAAAAUGAGAAUGGUAUUGACGGAGAUGGUGAGGAAAUGGAUAGUGACGAAGAAGAGGAAGAAGAUGAAGAUGGUGCAGAUGAAGAAGGAGAUGAGAUUGGAGAUGGCGAUGAUGCUGAGUGCGAUGAUAGUGUAGAAAUUAUGGAGGAUGCUGGAGAAGACGAGGAAGAUGGAGCAGACGAAGAUGACGAGGAUGCGGGUACGAAUGAAAAUGCGCAUGAGGAAGAAGAUUUUUUGAAUGAAGAAGAAAACGAACGAGAUGGUGAAGCCUUGGAUGGCGAGGAACCAGAAUAAAAAUUUCUUUUCCGAUUAUUUUUCAUUGACACAUAAACUUGAAAUGACAAUCUCUCAUCAAAAUUUUUUCCAGCUACAGCUUCAAAUUCUACAGAGUCGUCCAGAGUUUUCAACACUGUUUACAAUUAAGUUAGUUUAGUUGUAAAAGCUCACAGCUCGCAAAAAGACGCAACUCUUGAAUUUCGUACAAAAAAAAAAAUAAUUAAAAACACUUCGACUAUGCCUACAAUUUGACAACAGUAUGAAUUACUUCUGUGCGACGUAUAAUGUUGGUUGUUUUAAAAAAAUUAAUCUAAACUUGAAUAAUAUACAUUAAGCGUAGACUUAAGAGAGCGCCGAGAGCUUCCUUUUAUGAAGUUCCGAACUGUCGUUUUAUUUUAUAUUCCUUUAUUAUAAGUCGAUAUUGUCGUCGACAUUGUAAAUAGUGACAGCGCACGAUAUCACAUUUCUUGCGAGAUUUUGAGUAUAUCAUCUAUUUCAGUUUACAAUGAUUGUAAAUCAUAAAAUCCGAACCACUUACUGUGCGACAAAGAAUUUCUUUUCAGGUAAACUGAAGGAUCUUUAGUGAAUGUUACUUGUGAAACGAUUUUCGAACAGUUUUUCCUUCAGUGGGACCUUAAUAGUUAAAAGUAUCAUCGAUCCCACGUAGAUUUAAUGAAAUUUCAUACUGUACAACAUUUUAACUGGUCGAUGUUUUUACUUCAAGUGU